UUCUAACCCUGAAGCGUUUUUAUGAUGGCGAUGGGACAUCCUGAGCGUCAGUAGGACACUUUAGAUGAACUUAAUCUAGUGAAAAACUCGAGAAAAGUCACUUUUUCACGCUUUGCAAUGUACCCGGACUGCAGGCGGCUAAGCUGAAUCUCAACAUAAACACGAACGCGGGAUUUAGCAGAGAGGAGAAAAGCCUGGCAUGUCUCUGCUCUGUGUGAGAGUAAAGAAAGCCAAACUCCAGGGGCCUUCAGACAAGUUCAAUGCCUAUGUGACCCUGAAAGUGCAGAAUGUCAAGAGUACGACCAUCACUGUGCGAGGAGACCAGCCAUGCUGGGAGCAGGACUUCAUGUUUGAGAUCAGUCGGCUGGACCUGGGCCUGAUUGUGGAGGUAUGGAACAAAGGCUUGAUCUGGGACACCAUGUUGGGAACGGCUUGGAUUCCUCUCAAAAGCAUCCGGCAGUCAGAGGAGGAAGGUCCAGGAGAAUGGACAUUUCUGGACUCUGAGGUUUUGAUGAAAGCAGAUGAAAUAUAUGGCACCAAAAACCCCACACCUCAUCGAGUCCUGCUGGACACACGCUUCGAGCUGCCCUUUGAAAUCCCAGAGGACGAGGCUCGGUACUGGUCCGGCAAACUCGAGCGUAUUAACACUCUGGGGUUACAUGAUGAGUAUCCGCUGCCGGACGAUGGAGGGAGACACCCGCUGCCCUUUGCCGCCUCUCAGUGCUCGCUGGAUGAUCUGGACAGUGCGGUGGACGAUCGGGACAGUGACUACAGGAGUGAGACGAGCAAUAGUCUUCCCCCACGCUAUCACACCACAGCCCAGCCCAACUCCUCCCUACAUCAGUACCCCAUGGGACCACGUUUCCAGAAACACAUUGACUCCUGCACGGAUUCCGUGCAUAGUUUUGAACUGGACUAUAGAGACCAUCAUGCCAGCAGCCCGGCAGACAGUAGUCGUUUUGGAUCUUCAGGGAACCUCAGUCAAGCCAGUUCUCCACUCAGCGAGAAUGGCCAGGAGAGUGUUGCAUGUUCGGAACUAGAGGAGUCCCACCACUCUUUCCACAGUACAGGCUAUCGUCCACCCACAAAUGGACACCACCCUGCCAAUGGACAUACCUCCUGGGGGGAGGAGGAGGGGUUGAAAUCCCAUCAAGAAGCUGGAAGAGGUGUUAGCAAUACCUUAAAGAAAGAUAGUGUUCCUGUUCCCCAAGUGGAAAAGAAGCCAGAGAAAUCACUGAAAAGCUUUCAGGAUGAUGGACCACCUCUGCCGUUCUCCCCGUCUCGAGUGCGCUGGCUGAAGGCCAUCAACAAAGUGAGAGUUCAGCUUCAGGAGGGUCGGCAGAGUGGAGAGAAUUCCAGACAUGCCUGGAUUAAAGCAGGAAGUGGGAGUGGCCUGUUCGGGAUUGACAGCAUGCCAGACUUACGAAAGAGGAAACCAAUCCCACUCGUUAGUGAUGUGUCACUGGUCCAGGCCAGGAAAGCAGGCAUCGCAUCCGCCAUGGCCUCACGCUCGUCCAUCAAAGAUGAGGAGCUGAAGAGUCAUGUAUAUAAGAAGACGCUGCAGGCUCUGAUCUAUCCCAUCUCCUGCACCACACCCCAUAACUUUGAAGUUUGGACGGCCACCACACCCACGUACUGCUACGAGUGUGAGGGGCUGCUGUGGGGCAUUGCCCGGCAGGGCAUGCGCUGCUCUGAGUGUGGGGUCAAAUGUCACGAGAAGUGUCAGGAGCUGCUUAAUGCGGACUGCCUGCAGCGUGCGGCAGAGAAGAGUUCAAAGCACGGCGCUGAGGAUCGCACUCAGAACAUCAUCAUGGCCAUGAAAGACCGCAUGAAGAUCCGAGAGAGGAACAAGCCUGAGAUCUUCGAGCUUAUCAGGGACGUGUUUAUGGUUACUAAGGCCAUCCAUGCCCAGCAGAUGAAGACCAUCAAGCAGAGCGUGCUGGAUGGCACAUCCAAGUGGUCAGCAAAGAUCACCAUUACCGUGGUGUGUGCACAGGGGCUGCAGGCUAAAGAUAAGACGGGUUCCAGUGACCCCUACGUGACCGUCCAGGUGGGGAAGACUAAAAAGAGGACCAAGACCAUCUAUGGCAACCUCAACCCUGUCUGGGACGAGAAGUUUCACUUUGAGUGCCACAACUCGUCAGACCGUAUUAAGGUGCGUGUGUGGGAUGAGGAUGAUGACAUUAAGUCCCGUGUGAAGCAGAGACUGAAAAGAGAAUCUGAUGACUUCCUGGGACAGAGCAUCAUUGAGGUGCGAACACUGAGCGGGGAGAUGGACGUCUGGUACAAUCUGGAGAAAAGGACUGAUAAAUCUGCGGUGUCUGGCGCGAUCCGUCUCCAGAUCAGUGUGGAAAUUAAAGGAGAAGAGAAAGUGGCUCCCUACCAUGUGCAGUACACCUGCCUACACGAGAACCUCUUUCACCACACCACGGACGUCCUUGGCCAGGGCGUGGUGAAGAUACCGGACGCCCGGGGAGACGAUGCCUGGAAGGUUUAUUUCGAUGACGUGGCUCAGGAGAUAGUGGACGAGUUUGCAAUGCGUUACGGCAUUGAAUCGAUCUACCAGGCCAUGACGCAUUUUGCCUGUCUCUCAUCUAAGUACAUGUGUCCCGGUGUUCCUGCGGUGAUGAGCACCCUGCUGGCCAACAUUAACGCCUUCUACGCUCACACCACCGCCUCCACCAACGUCUCCGCCUCCGACCGCUUUGCCGCCUCCAACUUCGGGAAAGAGCGGUUUGUCAAGCUCUUGGAUCAGCUGCACAAUUCUCUGCGCAUUGACCUCUCCAUGUACAGGAAUAAUUUUCCUGCUAGCAGUAAGGAGCGCCUGCAGGACCUCAAGUCUACCGUGGACUUGCUCACCAGCAUCACUUUCUUCAGAAUGAAGGUCCAGGAACUUCAGAGUCCUCCCAGAGCGAGCCAGGUGGUGCGGGACUGUGUGAAAGCGUGCCUCAACUCCACCUACGACUACAUCUUCAACAACUGCCAGGAGCUCUACAGCCGCCAGUACCAGCCAACAGGAGACACGAAUAAAGAAGAAUGUCCCCCAGAGGAGCAGGGACCAAGCAUCAAGAACCUGGACUUCUGGCCCAAACUCAUCACCCUGAUCGUCUCCAUCAUAGAGGAGGACCGCAACUCAUACACACCUGUUCUUAACCAGUUUCCUCAGGAACUGAACGUGGGGAAAGUGUGUGCUGAAGUCAUGUGGAUUCAGUUCUCUCAGGACAUGAAGUACGCCACGGAGGAGCAUGAGAAGCAUCGCCUGUGUAAGAGUGCAGACUACAUGAACCUGCACUUUAAAGUGAAGUGGCUCUAUAACGAAUAUGUGAAGGAUCUACCAGCCUUCAAAGGAGUGGUACCUGAAUACCCCACGUGGUUCCUGCAGUUUGUGCUACAGUGGCUGGAUGAGAAUGAAGAUGUGUCCAUGGAGUUCAUGCAUGGAGCCUUAGAGAGGGAUAAGAAAGAUGGCUUCCAGCAGACGUCGGAGCACGCUCUGUUCUCCUGCUCAGUGGUGGAUGUGUUCACACAGCUUAACCAGAGCUUUGAGAUCAUAAAGAAACUGGACUGUCCGGACCCCAAAGUCAUGGCCCACUACAGCCGCCGCUUUGCCAAGACCAUUGCCAAAGUGCUCCUACAGUACAGCGCUAUUCUGAAAAAAAGCUUUCCCUCCUACUGCGACAAAGAGAAGAUUCCAUGUGUCCUGAUGAAUAACGUGCAGCAGCUGCGUGUUCAGCUUGAGAAGAUGUUCGAGUCGAUGGGUGCCAAACAGAUGGACUCGGAAGCCAGUGACAUCCUUAAUGAACUGCAGGUGAAACUGAACAACGUGCUGGAUGAGUUGAGCUCCACAUUUGCAAACACUUUCCAGAGCCGUAUUGAUGAGUGCACGCGGCAGAUGGCCAGUCUGCUUUACCAGAUCAAAGGCCCAGUCAACGCCAACACCCGCAACCUGGUGGAGGCCGACUCGGACAACAUGCUGCGGCCGCUCAUGGACUUCCUGGACGGAAAUCUGAUGCUGUUUGCGUCAGUGUGUGAGAAGACGGUUCUGAAGCGUGUGCUGAAGGAGCUGUGGAGGAUCGUGAUGAACAGCCUGGAAAAAACCAUCGUUCUGCCUCAGAGCAACGACACAUUCGGAACAAUAUUUUCAGCAGCUAAAGACCUGGGCCAGCUCUCUAAACUUAAGGAUCACAUGUCUGGGGAGGCCAAAAGCCUCACGCCAAAGCAGUGUGCUGUAAUGGACGUAGCACUGGACACUAUAAAGCAAUAUUUCCAUGCUGGAGGAAACGGACUGAAGAAGGCCUUUCUGGAGAAAAGCCCAGAACUUUCAUCACUCCGCCACGCGCUGUCCCUCUACACACAGACCACCGACACGCUCAUCAAAACAUUCGUCACCACGCAGCACGCACAGGGCUCAGGUGUGGAUAACCCUGUGGGAGAGGUGUCCAUUCAGAUUGACUUGUUCACCCAUCCAGGCACAGGGGAGCACAAGGUCACAGUCAAAGUCGUGGCAGCAAACGAUCUGAAGUGGCAGACGUCUGGAAUGUUCCGCCCCUUCGUGGAGGUCACCAUGAUCGGCCCACAUCUCAGCGACAAGAAACGCAAAUUCACCACAAAGUCCAAGAACAACAGCUGGGCACCAAAAUUCAACGAGACAUUCCACUUUAUCCUGGGGAACGAGGACGGGCCGGAGUGUUACGAGCUGCAGGUGUGCGUGAAGGAUUACUGCUUUGGCCGUGCGGACCGUGUGGUCGGCAUCGCGGUGAUCCAGCUGCGGGACGUGGCUCAAAGAGCCAGCUGUGCCUGCUGGUGCCCGCUGGGGACACAGGUGCACAUGGACGACACGGGCCUGACAGUAAUGCGCAUCCUGUCCCAGCGCUCCGGAGACGAGGUGGCCAAGGAGUUCGUCAAACUGAAGUCGGAAACACGUUCAGCGGAGGAGGGCAGAUGAGGAAACGGAGGGAGUUCAGAAAAGCCUCUCUGAAUCAGGACGGAUGGCAGAUGUGUAAAAACUUGAAUGCUAGUAAUAAAGAAAAUGCUGCUGAUCAAUGGAGGAAGAAUGUGAGGAGUGGACAGAGCAAAGUUGUGAGAGAGCUUUGUCCAGGUUCCUGUGUUAUGGUGGGAGGAGUCUUCAAUAAUGUCCUUCCUGUCUGCUGUUUCUAUAAUGCACUGUUCUUACUUGGCUGCUUGUUGAGAAGCUUCACUUUUCACAAAUGUGACAUCAUGCUCUCUCUCUCUCUCUCUCUCUCUCUCUUUAAAGCUCUCUCUCUCUCUGUGUAUAUUAUUAUAUAUGUAUAUUCCAGUGAAAGUGGCCAAUUAAUUUUUAGGAGAUAUUUCUGAGGAGAUCAUAUAUAAUAUAAUCUACUCACAUAAGGAAGAAGAAAGUCAAAGGAGGUUGGGAAAAAAACAGGGGUUUCCAAA